CCCACCUCACCGCCCCCGCCCGUCCGUCCCGCCGCGCUCGGGCCCGGGGCAGCGGGACCGGGACCGGGCCGGGCCAUGGCCCCGCACCCGCCCAGCGCCGGGCAGUACCUGCGCUCCGACAGCGGCGGCUCCGACACGCCGAUGCUGGCCGAGGGUCCCACUGCCGGGCCCGCUCCCGGUGACUGUCCCGGUCCCGGUCCGGACGGCGGCCCCGGUGCGGCGCGGGGGCAGCGGCAGCGGCGGUGCGGGCCGCUGUGGGGCAGCGUGGCCGUCAUGGCCAUCCUGGCCCUGCAGAUCGCCUCCACCACCGGCCUCUUCGUCUACUUCACCAUGGCCAUCUCCAAGCUGAAGUCCCAGGCUCCGGGCAGCGCCGAGGAGCUGCGGUGUCUGCAGGUGCUCAAUCAGCAACCCGAGGGCUCCAGCCUGGAGGAGCUGAGCAGCAGCCAGGGCUGCCUCAAGCUGGCCAGCACCAUCAAAGCCUACGUGGCCACGGUGACCGAGAACAUGAUCCGCAAGAGCGCAGUGAAGGAGGCCUGGCGGAGCUACUUCAACACCUCAGAGGGGCAACUUCCUCCCAAAACAGCUGGGAAACCUUCGGCACAUCUCACCCUCCGCCCACAGAGCCUGGCUCAGGAUGGACGCUCCCAGCGCUUCGGGAACCUCUCCCAGUCGUGCCGCCACGCCAUCACCCACUGGGGGCACAGCAGCCUGCACUCCCACGUGCAGAACAUGACGUACCGGGCCGGGCGGCUGCGCGUGGAGCAGCCGGGCAAGUACUACGUGUACUCCCAGAUCUAUUUCCGCUACCGCGGCCGCGACUCGGGCCAUCAGCUCGUGCAGUGCAUCCAGUGGCAGCCGGCCCACAGCCCGCCCGUGCUGCUGCUCAAGGGCGUGGGCACCAAGUGCUGGGCACCCGAGGCCGACUACGGGCUCCACGCGCUCUAUCAGGGGGGGCUCUUCGAGCUCAAGGCCGGUGAUGAGCUCUUUGUCUCCGUCUCCUCCUUGGCCAUCGACUCCAAUGAUGCGGCAGCCAGUUACUUUGGGGCCUUCCGGCUUGAUCUGUGACACCCCCUCUGCUCCCACCUGGCCCACGUGGCCCCUGGACAGUAGCCCCUGGCCCAGGGGUUGUGCCAGGUUCUUCUUGCUGUGUUGUCCCUUUGUGGUGAGGGAUGACCCAAGAAGGGCACAGGGGUGGCUGCCCACAGGGCCCUGCUGUGCUCGCUGCCAUCUUCCACGUGGGAGGCAGCUGUGAACCAGGAAGGGUCUCCAAGGACCUACAGGGGACAUGCACGAGGGGGGACAUCUCAGCCCUGGUGACAGCACUUCCCAACGGCUCCCUGCAGCAGGAAAGGCACCAUGGUCACAUCUGCCACUGCAAGACAAAGUGUCCCCAUGGCAGGGUGACACCCAUGGGUCUGACCAUAUCUUGGGCAGUGCUGUGGGUGUCAGGACCUGGGGCUGGAAGCACCCCUGGGGCACAGGGCUGGCACCUCUGGGCACAGGAUUGACAGAGGCAAUGUUGUAGGUCCAGUGUCAGCCUCUGGAAGGAAAGGAAGGAGUUUCAAUUUGGGAGAUGAAAGCCUGGGGCAACACCUGCGAUGGUUCCAGGGAGGGCAAAGGGCAGGACCAUGACACCGCAGCAGUCGCCAGUCCUGGCACCACACCUGGCACGUGGCACUGGGGCACGUGGUGACCGAGCCAGGCUGCACAGAACCAGGAGCUCAGCACAGGACCAGGAGCUCAGCACGGCUGCUGGCCAAGCACCUCCUCCCUGGGGGUUUUGUCCCCUCCCAGCCCUCAUGGACAGUGCAGUCACCGCUUCCUCACACCUCCAGCCCUGGAAAUCCUGGCAGAAUUCCAGCUCUGUGUGACCUCAGUGAUCACAGCAGGACCUUGGAGGGACCAAACCAGCCCUGGGGUGAUGGAGGCCACCCCAGAGGCCAAAGGUGGGUUCAGGCAGGGCAGAGCAGGGCCCAGCUGGCUCAGCCCAUGUACACUGGCACAGCCCCCUUUUCUAACUCCCCCUGUACUCUCUGUAUCCUACUAAGACUAAGGGGGGAUUUACAGAGAGUGGCAGCGUGGGCUGCCACAGGCAUGAGACUCCAGGGAGGAUGGAAUAAAGCCUUGUACUCCAGCACAGGUCUGGCCCCUUUGCACCCAGGACACAGCCCUAGGCAGGGUGGACCCAGAGCCAGGGGGAGCAGGGCUGGGGCACUGGCAGACAGAGCCUAGCAAAGGCUCCUGCUCAUCCUGCACCCACAGCACCUCCAGGGGCUCUGCAACCUGGGGCAGUCCCAAGGGGAUGUGUUCCUGCUUCUCAACCCUGUGCCUUCAUCCCUGCUGAGCCCAGCUCUUGCAGAGACCCCACAAAAUCAGAGUCCAUCCCAGCUCCUCCUCUCCUGCAUCCAUCAGCUCCUGGGGGUCCCAGUGCUCCUCCUCUUUGAGUUUGGGAUUGCUGAGCCCAGCCCAGGACACAGCCAGGCCCCAGGAUCACUGAUGGGUUGUUCCUGGGCAGGGACUGCUCCCCACUCUUGCCAUCUCUCCUGCAGCUUUCCAGGCCUGACUCCCAGCCCUCCACAUCCUUGGCCAGGGCUGGGGGCUGAGCCAGGCAGUUCCCACAUCCCUCACACCCCCAGCUGUUGGGCAUUCCCUCUCUCCAGCCCCCAUCUCCAGCAGGCUCCCAAUCCAGGGGGAUUGAUACAACAUCCACAGGACAUGGUGCCACCCUGGCAGCUGCACACAAACACCUGGACCAGCCCCAAAUGCAAGGGAAGAUUCCUCAGCUUAUCCAGAACCUCCAAAAGUUCAUCCAAAGCCAGAGAGCACCAAGGGCAGCCUCCAAAGGGGUGACAGGGCUGAUCCCCCCAUGGCAGGGCUGCAGGGCCCUGUUUUCCCACUCGCCAUGGAGGGAUGGAGGGAGCUGAGCCGAGCCUUGCCUCUGCAGCAUUUGGCCCUGGAGCACACUGGGCUCUUGCCCAAAGCAAAAAAAAAAGCCCUCCAAACCCCUCCAUUCUAAAACCAUCCCUUUUCCUCCACUUCUCAUCCCCCCUCCUGCUGUCCCAACCACCUUGGUGACCCACAACAGGGCUCUUGACAUCCUCAGCUCUCAAACACCCGGGGAGCUCCAAGCUUAUCCUGCCUCUGGCAGCAGCCAUGGGAGCACAGGGCUGAACCAGGGGAGCUGGGGCUGCAGGAAACAGCAGGUGGUUCCAAGAUUCCUUUGAAAGGGGGUUUAAUGCAGACAUGGCCCAAUGGAGCCAGCAGAGGUUUUGUUUGCCAUGGAGGAAGCAGGGAAAGCAGUGAGUGGAGAGAGCCGGGCUCAGCGCCAACGGGCAAUGGCCCACCCUGCUUUCCUGGAAAGGAGAGGGCUCGUGGGUGGCUGGAUGGGAGAAGGAGAACUCUAGCAGCAUCAGGGCAAAGAGCAGCCUCACCCUGUCUGGGGAGAGCCUAGCUGGAAUUCCUCGCUGUGAGGAACUGGCACAGGUUACCCUGAGCAGCCUCAGCCCCUGCAGCCCCUCUGCCUCCUCCAUCGUGCUCCCUGUCCUGGUGCUUCCAGCAGAAGGGCUGGACACCCCCAGCCUGGCCAGGGCCACGCUCCCACCUGGACAAGUGGAUCAGCCACCAGCAGGAGAACCCAGCAGCAAGAAAACCCAGCCUCCACAAAAACUGCCUGAGGCACAACUGUGCCAACACUGCCUGCUCCAGGAAAGAAAGAAUAAAGUGUGGAAAGACCUGGAUGAGGACACACCACUUUCUCUGACUGAGGACACAAAAUCUGCUGCACACAUGGAGCAGAGUACUGAAGAUUUCUCACACAACUUUUCUGUUAUUGUUAAAAUUACAAUUGUUAAAAUUACAACUCACUAUUUUAACAUGAGUGUUGCUGACAAGUUCACUGUAGCUCCUACUAGAAAGUGAAGUCAAUGGUCUCUAAACCAACUCUCCAUCCCCUCACACAGCCUUCUCUGCCAGCACCGCCCUCAGGCUGGGGAGAGCCACAAGAAUAAACAACUCCCCAUUAUCCCUUCUGACCCUGUCCCCCAAAACCAAAAGCUCCAGUCCCCCAGGCAGCAGAUCCCUGCAGUGUCCCUGCUGUGACAACUCCGGGCCUCCCGGCCCUUCCUUAACACCUUAAGCUGAAGGAAGACAGAGUCAGAAGGGAUAAUGGGGAGAAAUUUGCUGAGAGAGGUGAGGCCCUGGCACAGGGUGCCCAGAGCAGCUGUGGCUGCCCCUGGAUCCCUGAAAGUGCCCAAGGCCAGGUUGGCUGGAGCUGGGAGCAGCCUGGGACAGUGGAAGAUGUCCCUGCACAUGGCAGGGGGUAGAGCCAGACAAGCUUUAUGGUCCUUCCAACCCCAACCAUUCCAGAAUUCUAUGAUUCCCUCCUGCUCUAACCCAGCCUGGGAGGUGGGGGGUGCUUGCAGCACUAAUAAAAUCUUCACAUUGACCUGAUUUCCCGUGAAUUUUCCCAUUGCAUUGCUGUGGAUUCAAUCCAAACACAAAGUGCUUCCUGCAGCUGCUGCCAAAAGACCCUGUUAUCUCCACUGCCGAGGAGCUGCUUUUUCCUCAGUCCAGGGCGUUUGUGGCCCUUAGCCUUCAUCUCCAAACAAAUCCUGGGGCCAAAGGCUCUUUUUCCCCCCUCUUUGUUGUUAUGAACCAGCUCAUUGCUACCUCCAAGUCUCCAUCCCUGCCCAGACAUGAUCUCGUUUUACUUUCAAGUCCCCAGCCUGGCCCGAGUUCACAGUAGGGGGAGGAAAUCCACGCUGAAAUCCGCGUCACCGCGGCAGGAAAUCAUUCCUUGGGACAUUGUAAAUAAAGCACACAAAGAAGAGAAGCAGCGGGGUGUGGUGUGAGCCCAGCAGCGCCCCUCGCUCUGGCCCAGGGCACCUCACAGCCAUCCCUCCCCUAGGCAGGAAUUCAGCCUGAAAAAAAGGAAACAAACCAGAAGCCUCUUUCCUACAUCACGAAGGAUUCAUGGAGCUGCGGGAUGCUCCUUAAACCCUCAGGAAAACAUUAAUGCUGGGGCGCUGUGAGCGAGCAGGGGAGAGCCGGUGCUGCUGCACGCAGGAGGCUCAGCUCAUGCCUUGAGGAAUCACAGAUGCUUUGGGUCAGAAGGACCCUUAAAGGCCAUUUAAUGCAAUCCCAGCCCAGCUGUGCUGCUCCCAGCCCCUUUCCGCGGCCCCACUGAGACCCCAGAGGAAAAAGGGAUUUCUCUUCUUUCCAGAACGAGUUGUCUCUCCCUGCGUCUCCCAGCAGCAGCCCCGGGGUGGCGGAGACGGAGGCAGCAGCGGGGCCGUUCCCCCCGGUUCCCUCUCGGUCUCAGCAGCCCCGGCCUCGGCUCUGCCCGCGGGCUGAGCCAGCUCCAGCCGGGCUCAUGGGCCUCCCGCACAACUCACACGCGGCUUUCUCCUUUUAUUUCCCCAUGACACACCCGGAGACGUCAGGAAAAAAUAAUUCCACUUUUAAAGAAAAUUCCUCAUUUUGUGUUCUGUUCAAUCCCCUGCACUAUUCCACAGAACCACGCAGUCAGACUGGUUUGGAUUGGGACCUUAAAGUCGGCUCCCCUCAGUCCCAUCCUGCCCUUCCAGCACCCGACAGCCGGGUGCACCCAGCCCUCGCCCCAGGGAAGUCCCCAAAAUCACGGGCCAUAAAUGGGAUAUUGCAACCCGCGGUCCUUCCUCCAGUGGCUGGACCUCUCACCCUGCAUCCCAUCUGCCUGCCGAAUGAACGGCAGGGCUCCUCCUGGAGUGAAGCAAUGGAAGAGCAAGAACUGCACAGGGCAAAGCCCUUUUCAGGAGCUGCAAGUUUGGCACCGCGAGGACUCCAAAUCCUGCCCGCACCCAAAGUGAGCCUCCCUAAAGCCCGGCUCUGCUGGGCUUUCCCUGCCCUUCCCACCCUCUCAGCCAGGACUUUCUCCAGACAGCAUCCCAGGACACCUCUCCCACUGAAAGAAACAAUCCAUGGGACAGACUGACAGCAGCUGAGGAGGGCGAAGAGCUGCUGGGCAGGUGUUUCGUGCCCUGGGCCCCCAUUCCCAUUCGGCAGAGCAGCUGCAAUUCCCUCUGACAGCUGCUCCCUGCCCUCCUUCCCCAGGAGCAGCUGUGAUGAGCCACCAGGCAGCUGGGAUGUUCCAUCUGGGAUAACCCUGCACACGGGUUUCCCUUCUGGCACCUUAACUUUGCACUGGGCUGCUGCAGCCUUCCCACAAGGAAUCCACUCGUGAAUCACGGAUCUAAUUGAAGCAGGACCACUCAGGACCCUCCUGAGGAUGGUAAGGUAAGGAGAAAAAUAGAAAAGCUAGAAAAGCCAGCAUGCACAGGACAGGCAGCCCCAGAAAGGAGCUCCCAGGGGAUUGGGAGAAGGCAGCUGCCCUGAACUCAGCCCCAGAUCCCAGGAGCAUCCACCUGCCUUCCAAACAGAACAAAAAGAGGCAUCUAAAAGCAAAGCUGCUGCUGACAUGGGCUGAGGUAGCACACGAAGAAUUCCAAACAUCUCCUGAUGCACAAAACCACCACAGACCAGUUCACGCAUUUAUUUCCCAAGCAGAAGGACCCGGAUCCAUUGGUGACAUCUCGGGUUGAGGCAGCUUUGAGUUGUACAAGGACUGAGAUGUCAGGGAAGCAGCAGAGCAGGAAUGGCUGCUGGAUGGCUCUGGAAGAUCAAGACUCUGGCUUUUGCUCCUUGGAAAGACAUGGAAUUUGUUUGUAUCAAAGAGACUUUGAGAGGGACCCAGACAAGGCCAGCCAGGGGUCCCUACUCUCCACAAACAUGAAACAACUGAGGCCAGGACAAAGAGCAUCAGUCUCCCAAGGCAUCCAGAAGCCUCCCAAGGCACCCAGAAGCCUCCCAAAUUCCAGUAAAUGGGCAGUUUUAUUAACAGGAAAAUCAUUUGGUCAGCACUAGGAGAGGGAGUGAGGGGCACAGCAGGCCAAGGUGGGAAGGGUUUCUUGCAUAGUUGUUGGCCAGAGGAGACCUGGAGUAGUGCCCUGCUGGGAAUCCUCCAGCUGGGAUCCAGGGAACAGCAGCUGUCUCCAGGCACGGGGCUCUCCAGCGGGGCAGGGUGAGGAGGAGGCCACCUGUGCCAUGUCCAACACCACCGGGGUUUGGGGAAGGGCAGGAAUUUAGGACUCAGCCUCUGGGAUUUUAGUGAUGUCCUUAGGGGAAAUCAAAGAGAAGGAAUCCUUGGGCAUGGAUCAGAGAAAGGGAGCAAGUUGGGAAGAAG